GAAAGAGACUCAAAGGAUGCGUGUGGGGUGGGCAGCGUUUGUGCUGGGAUGCAGCGAAGACCCUGCUAGGACCCUCUGCGGUCUCCGAUCAGAGCAGAGGGCUGAUGAGGGUCGCAACGGCGUCUGGACGGCCGCUGACGCGGUAUCUGCUGGAUAUUCCGUGAUCUCUCUUUUUGUGCUCGGUGUGUUGUUUAGAGAGCGAGACUAGGUUUCACCGCGUUUGGGGACGUGGAUAUCAUGGGUGUGCUUGAGACACAAGAAGACUGCUGGCCUGCAUUCGUGCAGCAGCGCGCCGACGUGUCGGCAGGGGGUUCGUGACCGGCUUCUCGUCCUGCGCGGCGCGCUUCUCGGCACCCUGUCGAUGGGCUCCCUGGUCCUGCCCGUGAAGGUGGAGCCGAGAUCAGGCGUCGCGCUGAAGAGAUCCCUGCCCCUCUCCCUGUUGGGGGACCGACUGCAACAGUACUGUGAUUCGAGUGGUUUGCCCUAUGGUGAGGUGCUCUCUUGUAUAACAGGGGACACCUGGGGGCCAUCCUGCAGGCGGGCACAGGAAUGGCUGCAGCCUUUUGUUCCUGCUUACGCAGGGCGCCACAUCUGCCGCAGUCGGCUGCGCAUGUCAGUCCAGCCUUCCUGGCCACUCGUGCCACGGCCUGCUGGUUUCUUGUUGUUGUGCACAGUGCUUUCCGUCUCGGUGGUUCUCACGCUAGUCUCAACGCAGCCUGCUUGAGGUUGCUUUCAGCGGUGCAGUGUUUGUGUGGGUUCUUCUCAGCCACGUGCGUUCUGAUACAGGCAAUGUCGUCGGUGACAG